AUGCACCACCACCAGCAGCAGCAGCCGGAGCAGCACCCAGAAGAGGCGAACUAUGCAAGUAGCACCAGAAUUCCUCUCCCUGGUGACGGACCAACUACUCAGUCAAACAGUUCAGCACCAUCCAAGCAAACUGUUCUGUCUUGGCAAGCUGCAAUUGAUGCUGCUAGGCAAGCAAAGGCUGCCCAAAAUAUGAGUACCACCACAACCCAGCCUGUAGGAUCUCUGUCCCAAAGAAAACGCCAGCAAUAUGCCAAGAGCAAAAAACAGGGUAAUACGUCUAAUAGUCGGCCACCCCGUGCCCUUUUCUGUUUAUCCCUCAACAACCCAAUACGAAGAGCCUGCAUCAGUCUAGUAGAAUGGAAACCAUUUGACAUAUUUAUACUACUGUCUAUUUUUGCCAAUUGUGUGGCCUUAGCUGUUUACAUUCCAUUCCCAGAAGAUGAUUCUAAUUCAACUAAUCAUAAUUUGGAAAAAGUAGAAUAUGCCUUCCUGAUAAUUUUUACAGUUGAAACAUUUUUGAAGAUUAUAGCCUAUGGAUUAUUAUUACACCCCAAUGCGUAUGUUAGAAAUGGAUGGAAUUUAUUGGAUUUUGUAAUAGUAGUAGUAGGAUUAUUUAGUGUAAUAUUGGAACAAUUAACCAAAGAAACAGAAGGUGGCAGCCACUCAGGUGGCAAACCUGGUGGUUUUGAUGUCAAAGCCCUAAGAGCCUUUCGUGUAUUGCGACCUCUCCGGCUUGUAUCAGGAGUGCCCAGUUUACAAGUUGUCCUGAACUCCAUUAUAAAAGCCAUGGUUCCCCUGCUCCAUAUUGCCCUUUUGGUAUUGUUUGUAAUCAUAAUCUAUGCUAUUAUAGGAUUGGAACUUUUUAUUGGAAAAAUGCACAAAUCUUGUUUUCUUAUUGAUUCAGAUAUACUAGUUGAAGAAGAUCCAGCACCUUGUGCAUUCUCAGGGAAUGGACGUCAGUGUGUCAUGAAUGGCACCGAAUGUAAGGGUGGAUGGGUUGGACCAAAUGGAGGCAUAACGAACUUCGAUAAUUUUGCAUUUGCAAUGUUGACUGUGUUUCAGUGUAUAACCAUGGAAGGAUGGACUGAUGUGUUAUACUGGGUAAAUGAUGCAAUAGGAUGUGAAUGGCCAUGGAUCUAUUUUGUUAGUCUUAUCAUCCUUGGCUCAUUUUUCGUACUUAACCUGGUUCUUGGUGUACUUAGUGGAGAAUUUUCCAAGGAAAGAGAAAAAGCCAAGGCCCGAGGAGACUUUCAGAAGCUACGUGAAAAGCAACAGCUCGAAGAAGAUCUGAAGGGGUAUUUAGACUGGAUUACACAGGCAGAAGACAUUGACCCUGAGAAUGAUGAAGAGGUUGAUGAAGAAGGCAAACGGAACAGGGUUACAUUGGCUGACUUAAUGGAAGAAAAGAAGAAAAGCAGACUUAGUUGCUUUGGCCGUUCUUCCAAUAAACAUGCAAGUAUGCCCACCAGUGAAACUGAAUCAGUGAACACAGAGAACGUGAGUGGAGAAGGAGAGAACCCAGCAUGCUGUGGGAGUUUAUGUCAAACCAUCUCAAAAUCCAAGUUCAGUCGACGCUGGCGUCGCUGGAAUCGAUUUAAUCGAAGAAAAUGUAGAGCUGCAGUAAAAUCUGUCACAUUUUAUUGGCUUGUUAUUGUCUUGGUCUUUCUGAACACAUUAACUAUCUCAUCAGAACAUUAUAAUCAACCUGACUGGCUGACCCAGAUCCAAGAUAUCGCAAAUAAAGUUCUUCUGGCUUUGUUCACCUGUGAAAUGUUAGUAAAGAUGUACAGCUUGGGUCUACAGGCUUAUUUUGUUUCUCUUUUUAACCGCUUUGAUUGCUUCGUUGUCUGUGGUGGCAUUGUUGAAACCAUUUUGGUGGAGUUGGAAAUUAUGUCACCCCUUGGAAUUUCAGUGUUUCGCUGUGUUCGUCUCCUGCGUAUUUUUAAAGUAACAAGGCACUGGGCAUCCCUGAGCAACUUGGUAGCAUCCUUGUUAAACUCAAUGAAGUCCAUUGCUUCACUGUUGCUUCUGCUUUUCCUCUUCAUCAUAAUCUUCUCGUUGCUUGGAAUGCAGCUGUUUGGAGGCAAAUUUAAUUUUGAUGAAACUCAAACAAAACGGAGCACCUUCGAUAAUUUUCCACAAGCUCUUUUAACUGUAUUCCAGAUCCUAACAGGUGAAGACUGGAAUGCUGUUAUGUACGAUGGCAUAAUGGCAUAUGGCGGCCCAUCAUCUUCAGGCAUGAUAGUCUGCAUAUAUUUCAUUAUCCUCUUCAUCUGUGGUAACUAUAUCUUGCUAAAUGUCUUCUUGGCCAUUGCUGUGGACAACUUGGCAGAUGCUGAAAGUCUAAAUACAGCUCAGAAGGAAGAAGCAGAAGAAAAGGAAAGGAAAAAGAAUGCGAGAAAGGAGAGUCUGGAAAAUAAAAAAAGUGAGAAGGCAGAAAGUGACCAAAAGAAGCCCAAGGAUAGUAAGGUGACAAUUGCUGAAUAUGGAGAAGGAGAGGAUGAGGAUAAAGAUCCCUAUCCACCCUGUGAUAUACCAGUAGGUGAAGAUGAAGAAGAUGAGGAGGAAGAACCAGAGGUACCAGCAGGCCCACGUCCCCGUAGAAUAUCAGAACUAAAUAUGAAGGAGAAAAUAACACCAAUCCCUGAAGGGAGUGCCUUCUUCAUUUUCAGCAGCACCAAUCCAAUUCGAGUGGGAUGCCACAGGCUCAUCAAUCACCACAUCUUUACCAAUCUCAUCCUUGUCUUCAUCAUGCUGAGCAGUGUUUCCCUAGCAGCAGAAGAUCCAAUUCGCAGCCACUCUUUUAGAAAUAAUAUCCUAGGGUAUGCAGAUUAUGUCUUCACUAGUAUGUUUACAUUUGAGAUCAUUUUGAAGAUGACAGCUUUUGGAGCGUUCCUUCAUAAAGGGUCCUUCUGCAGGAAUUAUUUUAAUUUGCUGGAUUUGCUGGUUGUGGGUGUUUCUCUGGUAUCAUUUGGUAUUCAAUCAAGUGCUAUCUCAGUUGUGAAGAUCCUCAGAGUCUUAAGAGUCUUGAGGCCCCUAAGGGCAAUAAACAGAGCAAAAGGACUUAAGCAUGUUGUUCAAUGUGUCUUUGUGGCUAUUAGAACUAUUGGUAAUAUCAUGAUUGUUACAACUCUGCUGCAGUUCAUGUUUGCUUGCAUUGGAGUGCAGCUGUUCAAGGGAAAAUUCUACAGAUGCACUGAUGAGGCAAAACAGAAUCCUGAGGAAUGCCGGGGGAUAUACAUUGUUUAUAAAGAUGGAGAUGUUGAUAAUCCAAUGGUCAAAGAGAGGGUCUGGCAAAAUAGUGAUUUCAACUUUGACAAUGUUCUGUCUGCUAUGAUGGCCCUUUUUACAGUGUCCACUUUUGAAGGCUGGCCAGCGCUGCUGUACAAAGCUAUUGAUUCGAAUGGCGAGAAUGUAGGACCUGUAUACAACUAUAGAGUGGAGAUAUCCAUUUUUUUCAUCAUCUAUAUCAUCAUUAUUGCUUUCUUUAUGAUGAACAUAUUUGUUGGUUUUGUCAUUGUUACAUUCCAAGAACAAGGAGAACAAGAAUAUAAGAACUGUGAGCUGGACAAAAAUCAGCGUCAGUGUGUGGAAUAUGCCUUGAAAGCACGUCCUCUUCGUAGAUAUAUUCCAAAAAAUCCUUACCAGUACAAGUUCUGGUACGUGGUGAAUUCUACUGGAUUUGAAUACAUCAUGUUUGUCCUCAUCAUGCUGAACACACUUUGCCUGGCUAUGCAGCACUAUGGACAGUCUAAGCUCUUUAAUGAUGCAAUGGACAUUAUGAAUAUGGUUUUCACGGGAGUGUUCACUGUGGAAAUGGUUUUGAAACUGAUUGCAUUCAAACCCAAGAUUUUUGUAAGAAAAAAGGAAAGAUGGCUAGGCUAUUUUAGUGAUGCCUGGAAUACGUUUGACUCCCUCAUCGUUAUUGGCAGCAUAGUAGACGUCGUUCUCAGUGAAGCUGAUCCAAAGCCAACUGAAACAGUCACAGCUGAUGAGUCUGGGAACUCCGAAGACAGCGCUAGAAUCUCCAUCACUUUUUUCCGUCUUUUCCGGGUGAUGAGGUUGGUGAAGCUGCUUAGCAGAGGAGAAGGAAUCAGAACUUUAUUGUGGACAUUUAUUAAGUCAUUUCAGGCUCUGCCUUAUGUUGCCCUUCUGAUAGCCAUGCUGUUCUUCAUCUAUGCUGUCAUUGGAAUGCAGGUAUUUGGAAAAGUGGCCAUGAGGGACAACAAUCAAAUAAACCGAAACAACAAUUUUCAGACUUUCCCCCAAGCCGUGCUGCUCCUCUUCAGGUGUGCAACUGGAGAAGCCUGGCAGGAAAUCAUGCUGGCAUGUUUGCCUGGAAAACGCUGUGAUCCAGAAUCUGAUUAUAAUCCAGGGGAAGAGUACACGUGUGGAAGCAAUUUUGCCAUCAUUUAUUUUAUCAGUUUUUACAUGCUUUGUGCAUUUUUGAUAAUAAACUUAUUUGUGGCUGUCAUUAUGGAUAACUUUGAUUAUUUGACACGUGACUGGUCCAUCCUGGGUCCACAUCAUUUGGAUGAGUUCAAAAGGAUAUGGUCAGAAUACGACCCUGAGGCAAAGGGAAGAAUAAAGCAUCUUGAUGUGGUUACGUUACUGAGACGCAUUCAGCCACCACUUGGUUUUGGCAAAUUAUGCCCUCACCGAGUGGCCUGCAAGAGGUUAGUAGCCAUGAAUAUGCCACUGAACAGUGAUGGAACUGUCAUGUUCAAUGCUACUUUGUUUGCUUUGGUUAGGACUGCUCUAAAGAUAAAAACAGAAGGUAACCUAGAGCAAGCAAAUGAAGAACUUAGAGCAGUUAUAAAGAAAAUAUGGAAGAAAACGAGCAUGAAAUUACUUGACCAAGUUGUCCCUCCAGCUGGCGAUGAUGAGGUAACCGUGGGGAAGUUCUAUGCCACCUUCCUGAUACAGGACUACUUUAGGAAAUUCAAGAAACGCAAAGAACAAGGACUGGUGGGGAAAUAUCCUGCGAAGAAUACCACGAUUGCUCUGCAGGCAGGACUAAGGACACUUCAUGAUAUUGGUCCUGAAAUACGCCGAGCUAUAUCCUGUGACUUGCAAGAUGAUGAACCAGAGGAAAACAAUCCAGAGGAGGAGGAGGAUGUUUAUAAAAGGAAUGGUGCCCUCUUUGGCAACCACAUAAACCAUAUUAGCAGUGACAGACGAGAUUCAUUUCAACAGAUCAACACCACACACCGUCCCUUACAUGUUCAACGGCCUUCAAUUCCAUCUGCAAGUGAUACUGAGAAAAAUCCAUAUCCUCAGACAGGAAAUUCUAUAUACCGCAAUCAUCAUAACCACAGCUCAGUAGGAAAGCAAGUUCCAAACUCAACAAAUGCCAAUCUCAAUAAUGCCAACGUGUCCAAAGUUGUCCACGGAAAACAUACAAAUUUUGGAAAUCAUGAGCAUAGAUCUGAAAAUGGUUACCAUUCAUACUCCAGAGCUGAUCAUGAGAAGCGUAGAAGGCCAAGCAGUAGAAGAACCCGCUACUAUGAAACAUACAUUAGGUCUGACUCUGGUGAUGGACGUCGACCUACUAUUUGCCGUGAAGAACGUGAAGUUCAAGACUAUUGCAAUGACGAUCAUUAUUUGGAAGAACAGGAAUAUUUUAGUGGAGAAGAAUAUUAUGAGGAAGACAGCAUGUUGUCAGGAAGCAGGCAUAUAUAUGAUUACCACUGUAGACAUCACUGCCAUGACUGCCAUGAUUUUGAGAGACCAAAAGGUUACCAUCACCCACAUGGGUUUUUUGAGGAAGACGAUUCACAGCCCUGUUACGAUACAAAAAGAUCUCCUAGGAGACGGCUGCUACCUCCAACACCGACACCAAAUAGACGAUCUUCCUUUAACUUUGAAUGCCUCCGCCGACAAAGUAGUCAAGAUGACAUACCACUCUCUCCAAAUUUCCACCAUCGCACUGCUUUACCACUUCACUUAAUGCAGCAGCAGGUCAUGGCUGUUGCAGGUCUGGAUUCCAGUAAAGCUCAUAAACAUUCACCAAGUCGUUCAACACGUUCCUGGGCCACCCCUCCUGCAACCCCUCCCAACAGGGACUGCACUCCGUAUUACACACCUCUAAUCCAAGUUGACAGGGCUGAAUCUACAGAGCAUAUGAAUGGUAGCCUGCCUUCCUUACACAGGAGCUCCUGGUACACAGAUGACCCAGAUAUUUCCUACCGAACAUUUACACCAGCCAAUUUAACUGUACCUAACGACUUUAGGCAUAAACAUAGUGACAAACAGAGGAGCGCAGACAGUUUGGUAGAAGCGGUACUUAUAUCUGAAGGCCUAGGAAGGUAUGCAAAAGACCCUAAAUUUGUUUCAGCUACAAAACACGAGAUUGCUGAUGCGUGUGACAUGACUAUUGAUGAGAUGGAAAGCGCAGCAAGUAAUCUUCUCAAUGGAAAUAUUAGCAAUGGGACCAAUGGGGAUAUGUUUCCCAUUUUAAGCAGACAAGAUUAUGAACUUCAAGACUUUGGUCCUGGCUACAGCGAUGAAGAACCAGAACCAGGACGAUAUGAAGAAGACUUAGCUGAUGAAAUGAUAUGCAUUACAAGCUUAUAG